UGCCCGCCGGCGGGUGGGUGCUCCGCCGCGGCGCUUGGGCCUCCAGCCGCCCCCGGCGCCUCGAGGGGAGGCGUGGAAGCCCCUGGGGCAGCGCGGGGUGCGAGGUUCCCCCGGCGGGGGCCUUGGGGGGCUCAGGCUGCAGCGUCCGUCGGGUGGGAAGCGCUUUUCGUCCUUAGCAGCUGCUAGCGAAAGGCGGAAUCCGGUCGUACUCCUUUCGCAGAGCUCUGCUCCCGUUCGUGACCGGGAAUUUCAGGCACUGCCGUCUUGCCUUAUUCUUGGAGUGAAGUUUGGCGCCCCAGAAUUACGGAAACAUGAAUAUCCUUUGGCCAGAGCUAAAAGUGUAGAUGCUUGUAUUUUCAUCAGCCAUGCAUAUGUUCUUUUAUAUUUCUGCUUAGAAUACUUUCGAUGGAAGGAAAACCAGUCCUAUGUUUUGAUUCUUUUAUUUCACGAAUAGUGAUAGCAGUGAUAUCGUUGCACCUGGAAGUUUCCCAUACCUUUUAAGCAAACAGUUAAAGGGUAAUUCUGGAAGCUAUGGACAUACUCUUUAGAAUAAGAGGAGGAUUGGAUCUUGCAUUUCAGAUAGCAACUACUGAUGAGGCAUCAACAAAAAAGGCAUUAGGAUAUGUUUUCAGCGAUCUUGCAAAUAAACUGUCCUCGGAUGUUCUUGUAUUAAGAAUUUGCCACAGUUCGCUCUAUGUGUGGCCUAACAGUGGUAUGAACACUGUUCCAGAGCUGACUGAUGAUUCUGCUUGCAAGGAGAUAAGACGAUUUAUACAAUUUGAUCCAGAUGAUGAGACCAAACGAAAGCUUGGCAAAAAAAAGGAUAGAAAGUUACAAGAUACGCAGCAGAUAGUCAAUAUAGACCUCAUGUUGGAAAUGACAUCUUCAUUACCUGCUUUGGCUCCAGUCAUUGAGAGGGAAAAUAAGGAACACCACUACAUUAACAUGACGUUACCAGUUGAUGUUGUUGUAUCUGUUUCUCCAGAAGAAACAUGGGGAAAGGUACAAAAUCUCCUGGUGAAAGCAAUUCACAGGCAAUUAACUGACAUGGAGAGAUGUAUCAUGAAAUACAUGAAGGGAACAUCAAUUGUCGUACCAGAACAAUUUCAUUUUAUGUUACCAGGGAAAAAUGAUCUUGUAACCAUCUCAUAUCCUAUAGGUAUUCCAGAUGAUCAACUGGAAAGUUACAGAAAGGAAUUACAUGGGUUAUUCAGUCUGCCUUGUGACAGACCAUAUUUCAAGAGAGCAAAUGCUUAUCACUUUCCAGAUGAACCAUAUAAAGAUGGCUAUCUAAGAAAUCCACAUUUACAUCUUAAUGCACCUGGUACAGAGUCUGGAAUGGUUUACUUAGUCCAUGGUGUAUAUAGUUACCACCACUAUAUGCAGGAUCGGAUUGACGACAGUGGUUGGGGCUGUGCGUAUCGGUCUUUGCAGACCAUCUGUUCUUGGUUCAAGCACCAAGGUUACAUUGAUGCACCUGUACCAACACAUAAGGAAAUUCAACAGGCACUGGUUGAUGCUGGAGACAAGCCUGCAGCAUUUGUUGGGUCGCGGCAAUGGAUUGGUUCCAUUGAGGUACAGCUGGUUUUGAAUCAGCUUUUUGGAAUAACAUCAAGAAUACUAUUUGUAAGCCAGGGUUCUGAACUAGCGUUGCAGGGAAGAGAGCUUGCUAAUCAUUUCAAGACUGAAGGAACUCCAGUUAUGAUUGGUGGAGGUGUUUUGGCUCACACAAUACUAGGAGUGGCUUGGAAUGAGAUGACAGGGCACAUAAAAUAUUUGAUUCUAGACCCACAUUACACUGGAGGAGAAGAUUUGCACGUUAUUUUGGAAAAGGGCUGGUGUGGUUGGAAGGGCCCGGACUUUUGGAACAAGGAUGCUUACUAUAAUCUCUGUCUACCUCAACGACCAAAAACUAUUUAAAUUCCACUCUUAUGCUGGAAGAUGCUAAACUAGAAUACUAGCUUAGAUACAACUGUCUUGUUAUUUAUCAGAAUAAUGCUUUAAGUCAAUCAAAACCCAGUUGAAAUAGAAACGUUGCUUGAGUGAUUUAAAUUAAGAAUAUUUUUUUUUAAAUGAAACCUCUAAAAGUAAGAGUUGUAUGCUGUGAAUUGUAUUUGUUACAUUUAAUUAACAAAUACUCUUUAUUUUGGCUAGAAUAAGUAUAUAGCAUUUUUUAUUAUGCUAAAAUUUUUACAGAUUAAAUGCCCAGUCCUUUUAUUUUAUGGAAUUCUUUCUUGCCAAAAAGAUGAACUGCCCUCUACCUUUCAGGUUUCAUAUAGCCAGGGGUGUUGUGCACUAUGAAUCACUUGAAAGGCUUUGCUGCUGGAACUGUUGGUAACAGCAUUUUAGAAGAGGAGUGGGAGAAAACUGGCCAUAUGUACUGAAUGUUAUGAACUUUUUUCUUGUACUUACACAAAGAAAAACAUGAGAGAAUUGAUUUUUCUAUGCUCAUUUAUUUAUAAUUUUAUGAAUACCACUAUUCUAGGAAAAAAAGUCUUCUGUAAGAAGUAAAAAUAAAUUAGCUUUCCUCCUUCUCAGAAGGAGACCAUGUACCAGCAUACAUCCAGCUGCUUAGUGCACAGUCCAGUCAUGUUUCUCCAGAAUUUGGACUCCCCUUGAUUUCAUUUUGGCAUUUCAAAUUGCUUCUUUUGUCAGCAAGGAGUGAAGAUCUGUCAUACAAAAAACCAAGAGUAAGUCUGUGUCUAAUGCCAUCAAAACAUGCUGUUAGUAAAGGCUGUCUUUGUGAGCAACUCUAUCAGUAAAAGUACCUUCCAUGUCUUUUUUUAUCUCCCAUAUGUUAAAGUAGCCUGUUCACUGGCAUUCCCAUACACUGCCAAUUUCUUACAAGACCAUAAACUUAAAUACCCGUGCAAGCUGAUCCUUAGUAAAAGGCUUCUAAAUCCAACUGCUACGUAUCCAAUGCCAAAUGUAUUUAUUUAAAAGCCAGAAGUAUUUUUUUUAAAAAGAAAAAUAUUCUGCAUUGUAGCAAACCAAUGAUAUUACACACCAUCUGAUCUCCUCCUCUUCCUGCUUAUGGCUCUGCUAGUUUCACUUUCUUGUUUAUGUGCAGGUGGAUCCUCUCUCAGCAGGCCACAUUUGUCACUUAGUGAGUGGACAGACUGUCCUCUCAGUUUCAUUGUCUGAGUGUGCUGAACUGUGGUGAGGAACUUGGCACAUUCCAGAAAGCCAUAAUCCAGUGCAAGAUCUGCUGCUGUUUGUCCCCUGUUGUUGCACAAGCUGAAAAAAAGAAUUAACAUUAACCAUUCAAUUAAAUUAGAAUACCUAUUAUGAGCGAGAACUGGUCAAGAUUAAUGAAAUGGUAACUAUAGACAGAAGUAAAAAGAAUCAAUACUACGCAGACUUGCCAAGGGUAGCAUGGGGAUCUGCUUGCACAGAAGGCUGGUAUUAAAUGCAGUAAGGACUAGUUAUUUUAAAAUAAAUUUUUCACCAGACUAUGACUGGCUUAGUGUAUCACAAAGGCAAGAGGAAGGUGAGCGCAGCCUUAGUCAGAAUGGAAAAUCUAACAAGAAGAGAACUUAUUAUCAGGAAUAUUAUCCUAGUGGUUACUAUGGUGGGCUUUAUCAUGGAACUAAACAUCAGCAUAUGCCUUUUAAUACUGCUCUUAUGACUAUAGUCAGACUAGAUGUACAGUCUUAGUAUGCACGCUGAACAAGUACUGUGUAAAAUACACGUAUCCUUUGACCCUGCUACUGAAAUGACUAUAAAUGUAGCUCAACUUACUCAAUUUUGGCAUCACCAGCGACAAGGAGAGCAAGACAUUCCAAACUCCCAACUUUGGCUGCUUUAUGAAUUGGGGCUUCUCCGAGGCAAUCCUAAAACACAAUUUAUAAAAUAAGUUAUUAAUAAGUUAUUUGAUGGGAGUAGGGUGAAGCUAUCUUGUUCUCCAACAUGACUGUUUACGAAGUGUUACUCUGUCUACUAGUUUGUUGCAAGCUGAGAGAGAUUAAAGAAAUACUGUAGUAAAUUAUACUCAGUAACUGCCAUUAAAUGUUAAGUGUAUUUAUCACAGCAAAGUAGAAAUACUGUCCCAUGCAAUACUCACUGUUUAACCUUUACCUUCUAAAAUAUUAUUUAUAUAGAAUACACUCUGUACACUGAUUAACAGCAUCUUUCAGCACUGACCAGUGAUUGCUGUGAACAACAAUUUGCUGCUACCAGCUCAGAGGUAUCAGCAAAUUAAACUUUACACCUAAAGGAAAAAUCCUUAUGUUUACUGGUAAAAAUUCAGAGGAAAAAGAAAUACUUAUUUGUGUAAGAGAAUUAAGUUUGUUUUUUUUCCACUGCAUGCAGCACUGUAAGUGUGAAAAUUGCAUCCUAUGUAGCAGAUGAAACAGCUAAUGCAAUAUAGAUAGGAUUUCUGGUUCAUGCUAGAAUAAAAUUACUCUAAAAUAAGCAAUCCCAGAUACUUCAUGCAAUACAACUCUGUUUAUAAAACCUCUCAAAUAAAAAUAAAAUUUAAUCAUAUAAAUUGUA